CCUCUCUGCCUUCCUCUCACACCAAAAAGCCACCAAAAAACCAUACCCCAUCCCAUCCCAUCCCAUCCCAUCCCAGUAUUGUCAACGUCUAUUCCAUUCUCUUUCUAUCCGUCCCUUUACACCUUUACCUUUACCCCUUCCGGAUAUCAUCAUCACUCUUCCUUAAUAUUUCCCUUACAUCCUUUCUCUCUCUACCUUCCUCCCCCCCUUCUUCUCCUCCUCUCCCCUCUAUUUCCUUUCUAAAAAACUCCAUGCCCUAUUCCCGCCGGACCGGCUCUGAUGUUGCAAGAUCCCUGUCCCCGCCAUCUAAAGAUCGCGUGAGGCAACGAUUCUUAUUGCCAAAUGUGGGGGCCAUGGAUCUCAACAAACGCCUGUUCCAUCUCGAUAUCGAGAAUAAGACCCAAGCGCAACCUCUCAACUUCUCUAUGGUAACCACACCACCGGAUGAUGAGGAUGAUGACGAGGUGAAUCAUCUAAAGCUCAAGGUCGAGUCGAAACAAUCUCACGAUCAUGACAAGCCGCAUCACCGUCAAAAGAAGAUGCCCGAUACCGAUGCGCAGCAACCUCCAGCGGCUCUAGGUCGAAUAUAUCGCUAUACCCCCACUCCCAGCGUCAUUCUUGAUCCUUCGUUACAUGUCGUGGAGGUAUCGGAUUCCCACGUGGCAUUUGCCGGGCUGUCAAGGGCGCUGUUGCUUGGCCGGUUCAUCUGUGACAUCUGUCCACGCAUCCUGCCGGCUCUAGAUGUUGCUAUCCUUUUUGGCGCAUUGCGCGCCGCCAUCACGACGCAGGACGUCCAGUCGAUUGACAAAAUCUGUAUAGAUGACGCUAGCACUUGCUAUACUCUUCGCAUCACCCCCAUCUUUGAAAACUCUAACCUGUUAUACAUUGUCCUGGAGGCACUUGAUAUCACCAAGCGUCAGGCUACAUCGGUGUCCAAGCCCCACGAGUCUUACUCCAAUGAGACUUACAAAGUCCUACUGGACACGGUCAAGGACUAUGCCAUCUUCAUGCUCGACACACAUGGUCAUAUUGUAACUUGGAACACGGGCGCAGCCCUGCUGAAAGGGUACUCGGCCAAGGAGAUCAUCGGACGUCACUUUUCCACCUUCUAUAGCCUAGAAGAUCGCAUGGCGGAUAAGCCCGGCAAAGAAUUGGAGGUAUGUCUCCGGGAGGGCAAAGUGGAGGACGAAGGCUGGCGGUACCGCAAGGACGGUUCGCGGUUCUGGGCCAACGUGCUGAUCACUCCCAUGUACGCCCUGGGUCGCCAUAUUGGCUUCACCAAGGUCACUCGCGAUUUAACGGAACGCAAUGCUGCCGAAACCCGCAUGAUCGCAGCCUUUGAAGAAUCAUCGAGAUUGAAGACAGACUUCUUGGCCAACAUGAGCCAUGAGAUUCGCACGCCAAUGAACGGCAUGCUCUUAGCCCUUACAUCACUGCUGGCCACGGACUUGAACGAACAGCAGCGCGAAUACUCCUCUAUCAUCGAAGAUUCGACCAAUGUUUUGCUCCAAGUCAUCAAUGACGUCCUCGACUAUUCUAAAUUGUCAUCCGGGUCUUUUACUCUGCAUCCUGAUACUUUCAGUGUCGACAGUAUUACCAACGCGGUCGUGCGCAACUGCAAGGGCGCUCUGAAAACCGGUGUCCAACUGACUAGCUCUAUCUCAUCCAACUUCCCAUCCCAGGUCGAGGGUGAUCCGUUGCGGUACCGUCAGGUCCUUCAGAAUCUUGUCGGCAAUGCAGUCAAGUUCACCGAGGAGGGCUACGUCAAGAUCAACACCACCUUCUCGGAAGAUGCGGAGGAUCCUAGUGUAUAUUACAUCCGGACCGAGGUUGCCGACACGGGAGUUGGCGUUCCCGAAGAUGCUCUUGGCUCAUUGUUCACACCGUUCACACGGUUCGCCGAGACUGGUUCGAAGAGAUACCAAGGCACGGGUCUUGGCUUAUCGAUCUGCAAAAGCUUGGCCGAACUCAUGGACGGGAGUGUCGGAUACCGACCUAAUCCUGAGAGACAUGGCAGUGUCUUCUGGGUCACAGCCAAGAUGCAUCGGGUGCGUGUGACGCCGCCCGCUAGAACGACUGGGACAGGGACACCCGUUGAAGACGUCGGUGACAUUGAACGAAAUAUCCACGACAUCGCUCCUCACAAACACGUUCUCCUAGUUGAGGACAACCUGGUUAACCAGAUGAUGAUGCUCAAGCUUCUCCAGAACAUGGGCUUCGCGCGGAUUGAUACUGCAUGGGAUGGGGCAGAGGCGGUUCGACUGGUGAAGCAGCAGCCUUUAUCCUACAAUACAAUUCUUAUGGACAUCGGCAUGCCGGUGCUGGAUGGCGUACAGGCGACACGACAGAUCCGGCAAAUGGGACUAGAGAUGCCUAUCAUUGCGCUUACGGGGAACGUCAUGCCGGGAGAUAUAGAGGAUUAUACGAAGCAGGGAAUGAGCGAUCAUAUUGGGAAACCAAUCCACCAGAAACAGUUAAUGCGUUUGCUCUGGAAGUGGAUGGGGACAUGAUGGCAUUCCAAGUUUUGCCCUCACUCUCAUCCUCUCACUGAUUGCUGGAUUACAAGCAAUCUUUUCCAGAUGCGCAAUUGUACCAGCGACCUCUGACAUGCAGGACAUGCUUCAUGCGCACACCUUUCUUAUCGGACGGCCGGUUCCAGUCCGACUCCGCAUAAGAAACCUGAGCAUUACUGACACCGCUUUCGCGUUGAACCAACCCUGCCCAUCACACUGCAAAGCAGUACGCUCUAGGGCAAUCCCCAUGAUGAGCCCAGGUGCUCAAGAACACAGAACCAUUCCUGUAAAGUGGACAGGUUCCGAAGAUUACAAUAUGCAAGACUCACGAUCUUCUCUUCUCAUGAAGUUUACGAUGGGAACAUACUACCUCGAUUUAUGAAUAGAGCAUUCGAUACCAUACCAUACCAUAUCAUCACUGCACUGUAUUGGCUAAUCUAACAAAGGUCUUCUCUUCACAUCCAGGAUAUCAGCAAGUCAUUGCUGGGCAAUGAUUGAUCAAUCAACCUGGAUACAAUAUCAUGGGAUAUAUUCAUUGGUUAAAUCAAAAGCACAGUUGCUAUUGUUACAUUUUUCUAUUGUACUUGUAGGGGGAAAAAAAGCAUCCAUUGCCUGUAUAGUAACUACUAUAAGUAGCGCCUUGAUUAACUCUUGGACAGUAUACCACAUACUACUACUACUUCUAGUAGUAC